UGAGCAUACUGUUUGUCCAGGAUCUAUCGUUGUCAGCUUUAGCGAAAACAGGAUUGGUUUCAGGAUAUGCAGAUAAGUUACUACCCUUAAUACCAAGAAGGACUCCAAGUGCUCGGUGCAACUAUACUGCGAGAAGGAAGAUCCCCAGAAGCUGCCUAGUACUAUUUCAGUCUGGGUAGAUUCGGUGACAACUUAUAAUCAUUUGCGAAGUUGAUCAGAACGUUUCAACGUCGCUUCGGUUCUGUGUCGUACUAUCUUCCUCGAUACUUGUAAAAAUGCAGCGUGACCUUUGGCGUUUAUGUGCCGCUGCCUUCGUGGCAUUUUUUGGUAUCGUCAGUGCCAACAAAUCGAAACAGUCUUCCAGCAUCUCUACUAGCGUCACCUCUACUUCUUCGCCGGGUAUAAAUGCUACUUCCACUACUGAAGCUGAUGAAAUGCAGUUGGAGGAUAUUGAUCAGGAAGUUCUGAAGGAACUGCAGCUAGAAGACGAAAUGGAUAAAUUAGCGGCCCGCAUUGGACAAUGCCGUCAAGUCUGCCAGCGCCGGUGUUUCUCUCAGGGAAUUACCACCUGUCGGAAUAUCUGUCACAAUCGCUGCAUUGUGGCCGAUGAAGAUAAUGAAACGAGUAAUGCCACGGAAACCACUGCAGCUUCCGGUUGGGAUAACGUGACCGCUUCGCAACCAUCGUGGAAUGCAACUUUGGGCGUCAACACUGCGAGUACCGAGACAGAAGCCGUGCCUCGAAAACCUGCAAAACCACAGUCUUCGAAGUUCAUCUUGAUCAAAGAGUCGAGACCCAAGCGCAUCCGCGCGAAUCGCCGUAAAGUUCAAGAAGUUGUGCUGAUCGUUGACGCGGGUGACGAUGGGACAGAAAAACGCUUCGAUCGUGACGCAGAGAAUAUAUUUUUUUAAACGAGACCGAACCGAUAUGAUUCGCUGACAUGGCUUGGUACUGUGGACAGUUCGCGCUCUCAACUAGCGAAUUAUUUCUGACUCUUUUUUGUUUUAUUGUUCCUUCAUGUACUUACGAUGCAGCCGCAACAAGAAUACACUUAUCGGCAAAUAAACUGAAAGUUUGGAAAAUUAUACGAAAUUUUCGAAAAAAAAUGGAAGAAGAAAACUAGUACAGAUAUAUGAGAGACAUAGCUGAAUACAUAAAUAUCUACAAGACUCCAUACAAUUAUCUAACUAAAAAGAUAAAACAAAAUUACGAACGACUUAAUCAGGGAACAUCAUAGAAAAGCCAUCGUCCGACUAACUUCAGCAACAGCUGUACAUCAUGAAUUAUUUCGAAACUCUUCCUCGGUCAUCCCGUCUAAGAUCUUCACUUCUUUACACCCAACUAUUAACAACCAGUCAUCGUCCAGCUGAUCGAUUUCUUUUUGCGAGCACCCGGCCUUUUUCGUGAUGUACGUCUCAUGGUCCGAU